AUGUACGUGGGCUAUGUGCUGGACAAGGAUUCACCCGUGUACCCCAGUCCCUCCAGGCCCUCGAGUCUCGGGCUGGGUCCGCAAGCCUACGGUCCCCCGCCCCCCGUGGCCCCGCAGUACCCCGACUUCACCGGCUACUCGCACGUGGAACCGGCCCCCGCGCCCCCGGCCUGGAGCGCACCCUUCCCGGCGCCCAAGGACGACUGGGCAGUUUCCUAUGGCCCGGGCCCCGCGGCCCCCGCCGCCAGCCCAGCACCGCUGGCGUUCGGGCCACCUCCGGACUUCAGCCCGAUGCCCGCGCCCCCAGGGCCUGGCCCGGGCCUCCUAGUACAGCCUCUUGGCAGCCCGGGUGCACCGGCCUCGCCCGGAGCGCAAAGGCGGACGCCUUACGAGUGGAUGCGGCGCAGCGUGGCGGCGGGAGGUGGCGGUGGCAGCGGUAAGACCCGGACCAAGGACAAGUACCGUGUUGUCUACACCGACCACCAGCGCCUGGAGCUGGAGAAGGAGUUCCACUACAGCCGCUACAUCACCAUCCGGCGCAAGUCCGAGUUGGCCGCCAGCCUCGGGCUCACUGAGCGACAGGUGAAGAUUUGGUUCCAAAAUCGGCGGGCAAAAGAGCGUAAAGUGAACAAGAAGAAGCAGCAGCAGCAGCAACCCCCACAGCCUCUGCCCGCAGGUCAUGAAGUCACGCCGGCUCCAGCUGGACCACCCCUGGGGGGCCUGUGCUCCAGUUCCACCAGCCUCCUGGGUGCCUCCUCCCCACUGCCAGUCAAGGAAGAAUACCUGCCGUAGCCCCACGGGGCCUGCUGGCUGGGCCUGGGCACUCAGGUGCAGGGAUCCUGCCGGAUGAGAACUUUCCCCUGCUCUUGUGUGCUAGACCUCAGGUAGAUAAGGCCCAUGGCGAGAGGUUGCCACCCCUCCCAGGUGAGGGAGCCAAGAUAAGGCCCGGGGCCCCCUCUUCAUUUUGGAGAAGACAGCAAGCUUGGAGAGGACAUGGUCAGCUGGCACCUGUCUCCUCAGCCCCACUCCUUCUCGGCCUCUCUUCAUGUCCUGCCGGAUCCAGAGCACAAAGCCCACGGGACUGACUGGAGGGCGGCUCUGAGAACUGUCCCCCUUCACCAGAAUCCUCAGUUGGGAGGUGAGCAGGCUCCACAUGCUACCAGCCCCACCAGACUGACCAUUGGCGCCCAGGCCCCAGGAAACCCCCUGAGGACUUUCUCUGGACCAAGCAGAGCUCACGAUGAACAAACAUUUUCCGUAGAGUGGACUCUCUUGGAUGCAGCUUCAAGAAUAAAUGUUUUUCUCUUUUUAAAAAUGUACGAAGAUCACUAUACAGGACAUUGAAGGAACAUUUUAAAGACAUUAUCAUCCCCAACCUUCCCUAACAAUGACAUCAUCCUUCCCAGUCUCUGUAGGUCCCAAACCAGUCAUCUUUAAAAUGCCUUUACAAGAUCAAAACAGAACCUUGUUGG